AUGGCUUUUUGUUCUUACGCUGUUUUUCAGUUGACAGACACUAUCCCAGAACAGGUGCUUCCCGCUCUCCUUCCGGCCAACAACGCCGCCAUCCCGACCCUUGUCAACAACAACACCAACACAGCCCUCAGUUCCGGUCGAACCGGCAGCCCUGCCAACAUUUCACUCGUUUCACUCGGCACGCCCGGACUUCUCUCGACCACGCCGAUCGGCUUGGCCUCUCUCGGCAGCGGUCCUGGACCCCUAACUCCAAGUCCAACCUCCACGUCCACGUCCACGUCCACGCACACUCCCACGCCAACGCAGACACCAACGCCUCCGCUUUUGGCGACAGCCACAGCGACUGUCAGUCCCUUUUUCACCUCAACCUGUAUGCCCGCUACCGGUCUGUUUGGCCCAUCCUCGGGCGCCUCCACGCCCAUUCCAUGCGUAACUACGGCACCUGGCAACGCUCCCACUUCCCAAUCGCCCUUAACAGUAUCAAAGGCUGGUGGUGGUGCUGGUGGUGUUGGUGUUGGUGGCACCGGCUGGAAGAAUCAUCUGCCACCAGCACAUGGCGCACAUUUUCAUUACCAGCAUCAGUCAUAUCAUCAUCAUCAUCAUCAUCAUCACCAUCAACAACAACAACUGCAGCAGCAACAACAACUGCAGCAGCAGCAGCAGCAGCAGCAGCAACAACAACAACAACAACAGCAACAACCACUUCUUCCCUUUACCUCGUCACAUCAUCACAGCUUUGGUCUGAUGAACAACAGCUCACCGACAAUGGGAUUUUACCAUUCGAAAGCUGUCGGUCUGACUGGUCUGGCUGGACUCACGAACACCGGAGUUUCGCAUCUACACCAACCGGAGGAGAAGGAGGAGGAGGAGCCGAAGGAUUUUGACAAUUUGCCCUAUGAAGGUUCCAGCACACUGAGCCCUCUGUCUGCAUGCCGUUGCACGAGUCAUCUCGUCUACUCGCGAGUAGUGCAAGCUGAAGAAAUGUUGAAAUGGGCAUUUUUUCACGUUGAAACAGGCUUUGCUGUUCGGUCGGCAGAGUCAGUUGAAGGCAGGUUGAGAGUCACUUGUGGGCUGAAUUAUGUCAUGGAUGCGGAGGCCAGGGUGGGAAAUACUGUUCUCGUGAAUUCGCUGACCUCCCUGGCGCUUUCGUGCAACACACUGAAGGCUGAACUGACUGCAAAGACCAACUGGGAUCCGCCCUAUUUGUGCGGACAGUACGUGUGGCAGAUCCAUCUGCCAGAACGGAUAUUCUCUUCUCUUCUCACCAGACGGAUCCAUUGCUGUGCCCAGUUCGGCAAUGUUGCCGCUUUUGCCUGGAACUGUACGACCGCUGGCGUGGAUUCACGUCUCGGACAGACAGAAAGAGACCGUCUGGCUUCAGUUUUUGUGUAA